AGGACAAUAAAUGAGGCAAUACAAUGUUUCAGUGGUCACUGCCAAACCGGUAAUAAUAGACGUCUAAAUUUCCCCACAUAUAAAGUGUUUAUGUACUUCAUGUACCUUGAGGUUUAAAUUGUUUCUCCAGCUUCCGUUACGGAUGUCAUCCUAAUCCCCUGCAGCCACCGGAAGCUCUAGAUAAAGCCGAGGUUGCAAAGUGCGUCACAGCGCGGAGCUGCUGAGAGUAACCGAGCCUGCCGUCCAGCACCGACUCUCUUCUCUCUUCUGUCUGCACAAGAAACCCGAGCUGACUGUUUCCACUCCAGCAUGGUGAAGAUUGCUUUUAACUCGGCUCUGGCGCAGAAGGCGCUGGGCAAAGAGGUGCCAGCCGCUGUGAAGGAUCCUGAGCUGGCCAUUGCUCCAGCGGGCAACGAGGGCUCCACAGGUCGCUGUCUGCUCACCCUGCUGGGCAUCGCCUUCAUCCUCAGCGGGCUCAUCGUCGGGGGAGCAUGUCUCUAUCGAUAUUUCACCCCAAAGAGGCUGUAUCACGGUGCGAUGCAGUUCAGCGACAUGUCAGCCGGAGCAGGAGGAGAGAGCCAGCCGUACUACCUGCCACGUGUGGAGGAGGAGGUGGAGAUCUCUGACAGCAUGGCCGUCAUCAGCGUCCCACCUCCCCGCUUCAGACCUGGAGACCCUGCUUACAUCCUCCAUGACUUCAACAGGAAGCUGACAGCAUAUCUGGACCUGACUCUGAGGACCUGCUUUGUGAUUCCUCUGAACACCUCGGUGGUGCUCCCCCCUCAGGACCUCAUCGACCUCUUCUCACAGCUGAUGUCUGGCUCUUACCGCAGCUACUUGGUGCACGAGGAUCUGGUGGUGACAGAGCGUAUUGAUGACAUCAAGCCUCUGGGCUUCUACAUCCGCCGGCUGUGUGACGGAAAGGAAACAUACAGAAUGCAGCGCCGCUCCAGCCUGCCAGGUGGAGGCAUCCAGAAGCGCAGCGUGGACGAAUGUUUCACCGUCCGCCACUUUGAGAACAAGUUUGUGACAGAGACCACGAUCUGCAAGGCUUGAUGGGAAAGCUCGAGCAUAGAUCUGGAGGAAAGAGAGUGAUCGAGUGAGCCUGAGUGACGGAGAGAGAGAGAGUAGGUGAAGGAGGGAACAGCUUUCAGCAGAAAGUAACUUUUGUAUAAAACUCUAACUCCAGUUUUUGCCUCCCCUGCUUUAACCCCAGUGAUCAGUGAAUUUAAGUUACAGCGUUAUAUAACCUAACCCACUUCUCUGCUGUAUUCCCCUGAACCUGUAUACGUCAUAGCUCUCUUGCUCAAGUAUUCACUAGCUAGUCUUGUACUAAUAACCAGCGCCAGCUUGCUUAUCGAGAAUACACUAAGUUUCAUUUGUUAUGUUGGUUUCUGUUCUGUUGCCGUAGCUUCCUGCUGAGUUACCUUAGCGUUGUUACUGUAUUACAACAUCUAGUCACCUUCAGAUGAGAGUUGUUAGUCCUACUACUGAAUAUCCUAGUGAUAAUGAGAAGUCAUUCAUAUCCGACCUGUCAGUGUGUCCGCCUACUGUUCCAACUCUUAAUGGGUUUAUAGAGCAGCCUUGACGAGAUAUACUAUAUGUGAUAGCGUGAUAUAGCUCAAGUCACCCAGGAAACGUAUGGUACAGUACAGUUACAGUACACAUGUCACAUGGUUGUCCAUGUCUGUUAUGGAUGGUACUUUUUGUAAAUAUUUCCCAGAGUGCCCUGCUGCUCCCAUGGGGCCUCUGCUGUGUGAUGAUUUUAUGUAAUUUAAUGGUGUCAUACCUGACGGCGAGCAGUCCAGCACCCUUAUAUGACCAGUGUUUGUGUUUUGUGUAGAAACCUCAUUUGUGACGAUAAACUUGAAGGGCGGUUGAUAAGCUGAAGUGAAUGUGCUAAAGGGAAAAUUCACUAAAUUUGACAACUUAUUUUUUCUGUCAGUUUUUUAAAUUCAUAUCUAUGAAGCUGGGGUAGCUGUGAUAAAUAGGUUGCCGCAGGCUGCGACAAGUUUUGCAGAACGCAAUAAAUUUAAAAUUAUCACUUUGUAAAAAAAUAAAAAAUAAAAAAUCCCUCAAUGAAUCAGCAUAAAAAGAUUGUCCUUGAUUUUAAGAGCCCUUAAGAAAAACAUUGACGUAUGAAAGAAAUGGCCUUUUGCCAAAUAACUUGAAGCGAUUUUCAAUAGUUUCCCACUCGAUGCCUGCACAGGAAGACAAUCAGAGAGGAAGUGUGUGUGUAAAACUGUGUUUCUGUCUCAGCUUUUUAACAAUACUACAAGAUUAGAUGAAAAACAGAUGUUGUGUGCAGCUACUGAAAUGAAUUCACUUUGUUGCUGAAUAAAGUUUCUUUACCUACUGAA